GAAAGGAAGCAGUGUUUCUCUCUCUAAAACACACACAAAAGCAGUAGUGGCUUCUCGAGCUCUGCACAACGGAGCUGCUAUGUUGGCGUGUUUCGCGGACCACCGUAGCUUACGCAAAUCCCCUCCUCUCGUUCUCUUCCUCUUCCUCUUCUCACUUCUCAUCACAAGCUCCUCUGCUUGCUCCAAUGGCAAUUGCCAGGUUCUCGAAGCUUGUAGCGCGGCCACCGACUGUGGUCCGGGUUUGUACUGUGGGAACUGCCCUGCUUCCGGCUCGAAUCAGCCUAUAUGUACCAGAGGACAACAAAUUUUGCCCACUUCGAUUAUAAAUGGAUUGCCAUUCAACAAGUACACAUGGCUGGUGACUCAUAAUUCGUUUAGCAUCGUGGAUGCACCGCCAUUGAAUGGCGUUCAAAGGUUAACAUUUUAUAAUCAAGAAGACACUGUGACAAACCAGUUAAAUAAUGGCGUGAGGGGACUAAUGUUGGACAUGUACGACUUCGAGAACGAUAUCUGGCUCUGCCAUUCAUUUAAGGGGCAAUGUUACAACUUCACAGCUUUUCAACCUGCAAUUAACACACUGAAGGAAGUGGAGGCAUUCUUAAGUACAAACCCAAAUGAGAUUGUGACCAUUAUCAUUGAGGAUUAUGUGCAUACUACAAAGGGGUUGACAAAUCUGUUUACUAAUGCCGGGUUAGAUAAGUACUGGUUUCCUGUUUCCAAGAUGCCGAAAAAGGGCGAUGAUUGGCCCACUGUGACUGAGAUGGUGCAAGCGAAUUACCGGCUCCUCGUUUUCACUUCUGACUCUUCAAAGGAAGCAAAGGAAGGAAUAGCAUACCAGUGGAAGUAUAUGGUGGAAAAUGAGGCUGGAGACCCUGGGGUGGUGCCAGGCUCAUGCCCAAAUAGAAAACAAUCAAAGCCGUUGAACUCGAAAAGCGUAUCUCUUUUCUUUCAGAAUUACUUCCCUACAUAUCCAGUUCAAGCUGAGGCUUGCAAAGAGAAUUCAGCUCCACUUGCUGCGAUGGUUGGAACCUGUUAUAAAGCAGCAGGCAAUGUGAUGCCAAACUUUUUGGCAGUUAACUUUUACAUGAGGAGUGGUGGAGGAGGUGUAUUUGAUGCUGUAGACAGAAUGAAUGGCCAAACAUUGUGUGGGUGUAGUACCGUCGCUGCCUGCCAGCCUGGGGCACCUUUUGGGUCCUGCAAGAAUAUUGCUGUACCCACUAGAAGUCCAGUGACCAACACAGCAGGAAGCUUUACUGGAUCCAUUCAGUUUGCAAGAUCCGCUUCGACUGUCCAUUCUCCCAAUCACUUGGUCUUCUUCAUGUUCUCACUUCCAUUACUGGCAUUUUGGCUAUGACUACAACCAACAAUUACUACCAUUGUCUGUUAGCGAGUUACUUCCUGAGAUGUUCGCUUAUAUUGUAUCAUACAUAAAACUUAAAAGAGUCUACAACUACGCUUAUAUUGUAUCAUACAUAAAACUUAAAAGAGUCUACAACUAUUCUACUCCGCCUUGUUCGGUGGAAGGUCAACGAAUGGUUGCUAGUGUUCAUAAAUUCGAUUAUAGAGGAUAGACUUCUGAGAUUUUAUUUGAGACAGAAAGUAAGAAGAUGCAUAAGCAUAUCAGGUAUGAAGUAGACAAGUCCCCAAGAAAGACUCGGCGUGCAUUUAGUUCUUUUGAGGUCUUCUUUCAGUUCAUAUUGGUUAACCUGUAGCAGUAAAGAGAAUGUACGACAUUACAAUGUGUAGAAGUACUCGCGCUUAUAGAUAUUAGUUUUUCCUCAUAUUUGUACUAAACUUUUUGGUUUCCUUUGCCACGUGUAACCAAUGUUAUGUUGUCUGUGCUUUUAAAGUAUGGAUGUUAUGAAGAGUUGAACAAAUGAUUUAUUUAAGGAUUGUGUUCCGGAAAAAAUGAGAAAUAGAAGGAAUUUUCCCUUUUGGU